AUGCUGGAGCUUGCUGCCAUGGAAUCAAGGGACAGGUCAAAAGCUGGUACAGUUUCACAAAAACCCACACAUAUACAUAUAUAUAAUAUGAGAUCUACAAGCCUCCUCUCUUUGCUGUUCCUCAUCCUCAUCUUAUCUCAUGUGAAUCUUGAUGCCAAACCGGACAAGGGAUCUAUGAACUCUGUCCAUUUGAUUAAUGAGGAGUCAUGUGGGAAGACGAUGAAGGGUCAUCAGCAAGGCAGUGAAAAUAAGUCAGACAAGGGCGGUUUUGAGGAUGAGGACUACAUCUAUACUCAAUCAGUCCCUUAGAUUGAUCAUAGGCAGCCAAUGCAAAUUACCUUCCUAUUAUCUAUCUCUUCGACUUAUUUUGAACCAUGAUCUUAUGAAUGAUUGUAACUAUAUGUUGUAGAUUCAUGAAUUUAAAAGUUCUAUGUAACAAAUCUUUUUUGAGCAC